ACAAAUCCAAGCCAAGCUUCAAGCUCCCACCCCCACGCCAAACUCCACGAUGAAGUCCUUCGUUGCCGCCGUUGCCGCCCUCACCGCGCUCACGUCCCAGGCCUCCGCCGCUACCUGCGGCAGCGCCGUGCUCUCGGCCCUGCUCACGAACCAGUAUAUUGACCAGUGCGCGUCGGACUCUGGCUACGUCUUCACGGCCGCCACCAAGCCCAACCAGGAGACGGUCGACAAGAUGUGCGCCUCCGCCGCCUGCAAGGGCCUGCUCGCCGACGCGCAGGGCAUGGACCUGACGGAGUGCACGCUGCCGGUCGGUGACAACAUCAACCUGAUGGCCGACCUGAUCGACUACGUGCCGGCUCACUGCCCGUCGACCGAGGCGCCCAGCACCGAGACCACGGACGCCCCCGCCGCGACUACAGCCCCCACGUCGUCGGCGACCGACGCGCCGACCGUCACCACGGCCCCUUCGACGGGCGAGUCGACCCCGGCCACUGCUGCCCCGACCAAGGCGGCUGCCACCUCUUGCUAAGCGCUCCUCGCCGGAUCGACUCGCAGCCAGCCGAGUACUUUGCUGCCUUUUUGAGCUCCGUCUUCGCCUCGCCCCAGUUAUGAAGGUUGUUUAGGCUUGCAUGUCGUAGUCACUAGGAAGACCCGGGUCGUUGUGUAUGAGCGAACGCGUUAAUCCUAAGAAUGAACUACUUACUCACUU